UCCACUCCCUGAAGUACUUCGACACUGGAUCCUCCCACGUGCCAAACUUCCCAGAGUUUGUGGUUGUUGGGAUGGUUGAUGGUCUUCAGAUGGUUCAUUAUGACAGCAACACUCAGAGAGCAGUACCCAAACAAGACUGGAUGGACCAGGUCACAACAGGUGACCCACAGUACUGGGAGACGGAGACUGGAAAUAUGAUGAGUCGCCAGCAGUGGUACAAAACCAACAUUGAGACUGCGAAGCAGCGCUUCAACCAAACUGGAGGCAUCCACAUUUUUCAGUUCAUGAGUGGCUGUGAUUGGGACGAUGAGACUGGAGACAUUAAUGGAUAUCAACAGCAUGGUUAUGAUGGAGAAGACUUCAUCGCUCUGGACCUGAAGACAGAGACAUGGGUCGCUCCGACACCACAGGCUGUCAUCACCAAACUGAGAUGGGAUCAAGACAAAGCUAGGUUGGCUUACUUGAAGAACUACUACACCCAUGUGUGUGUUGACUGGCUGAAGAAGUAUCUGCAGUAUGGGAGCAACAGUCUCCAGAGGACAGUCCCUCCCUCAGUGUCUCUGCUCCAGAGGUCUCCCUCCUCUCCAGUCACCUGCCAUGCUACAGGUUUCUACCCUGACAGAAUCGUGAUGUUAUGGAGGAGAGAGGAAGAGGAGGUCCAUGAGGAGGUGGUCCAUGGUGAGCUCCUCCCCAACCACGAUGGAACCUUCCAGAGGAGCAUUCAACUCCUCGUUGACCUUUCAUCAAUGAAGUCUGAGGAGUGGCAGAAGUACCACUGUGUGGUUCAGCUUUCUGGGAUGAAGGACGACAUCAUCAUCAAACUGGACCCAUCACAGAUCAAGACCAACUGGAAAGAUCCUGCCACCAUCAUGCCCAUCAUCAUUGGAGUGCUUGUUGCUGUCAUCGUCAUCGCAGCCAUUGGCGUGGCUUGGUACAAGAAGAACAGAUGCGGUGGAAUCAUAUGAAAUGGUUCAAAUGUUUGAUUUGUUUUUCAUCAAGCUGAUAUUCUAGAAGUUUAGAUGGCUCUCUUAUCCAGCCUCUCACUGAGUCUUACAUGUAGCGUCACACUGAGAGAUCUAGAGAGAGAGACAGAGAGAGACAGAGAGAGGGAGAGAGAGGGGGAGAGAGAAAGAGACAGAGAGAGAUCUAGAGAGACAGAGAGGGAGAAAGAGAGAGAGAGAGAUUGUUCUGAAGGUAUUGUCUGAUUUACUCCAGUCAAGAUCAUAGUAACUUAAAAUACAUCAACAUUAUAACCAACCUAACACUUGGGUUAAGGGUCAUCUGGAGAUGUGGUUCAGUGGGGGGAGGGAGAACAGGGAUAAUGUAUAAUAUAUGGUGUCUUCCUCUGUGACACCCUUAAUCAUUUGUUUUAUGUCUUCAUUUCAGCCAAGCGCCCUCCACCUUCUCCUGACAGCGGCUCUGAGCUCUCUCAGCAGCUGAACCCCGAUGCUUCACACUGAACUAAGUCUGUGGACAUGUUGGGGAAUCAAGCAGACUUCAGUGCAUAACUCGGGAACGUGUCAGUUAAAAAUCAUUAGCGGUGUGGGGAGUUACACAUGACAUGUUGAAGGACAAAAGUCAACAAUCCAUCACAGUUGAAAACCAAUAACCUGCAGUAAAUUCUGUGUACAGAUUACUUUUCCUAAUCCCCUCCACAGAUCAGCUGAUUCCAUUGCAAACGACAGAUUAAAAUAGAACACGAGUAAAGAACUGAUGGAGUAUGAAUACUCUCUACUUAGAGGAGGGGCGCACUGUUUGUUUCCAAACGAAUUCAUAAAAGCUUUGUCAACACAACGAAACCCUCCGACACCACAAGCAACAUACAGAACUUUCCUCUUCACAGUGAGAUAUUCCCCCUUUCAUUUCAUUCUUCAUGCCACCUCUCUGAUGGCUUGUUUGCAGACGACGGUUCAGAAACAUUACAUCCCAUCUUUUUUUCUACAUUUUCUCUUUAAAGCUCUGCAGAAGGUUUUAUUUUUAAUUUAAAAAUCUGCAUUUUUAAAAAUUUUCAUGAUUUAAAAAAUAUAUAUGUAUAUUUUUAGAUUUUUAAUUUUUUCAAAGAGAUUUACCUGAUGGAUUACAGAGAAACGCCUCAUUCUACGACUGGAGUAUCCCCUUAAGAACUGCUCCAUGGUCUACGAAUGAGAACAAAGCUACAGGUGAUGGAGAUGCCUGUACCUCCAAGAGAUGGACACACUGUGCGUGAAAGAGUGAAGCAAAAACAAGUGAAGACGAAAGAAUACACAGAUGCUCACAGACACACUAAUUCAACUGACUUCCAGUCCGGUGACAAAGUACGGAUUAGGAAGCCAUGGAAAGUAAAGAAAGGAGAUCUGAAGUUCACAAAACGAAGAACUGUUGUGACAAAGAAAGGACCAAACACUUACUUGCUGGAUGAUGGAAGGAUCUGGAAUGCCUCACGCUUAUCUGCACUGCCAGAGUUGAUCCCGGAUACUGACUCUGACAGAGCAAUGGGCUGUACUAAACCAGAGACUGAUAAACCACCUGACUCUAACUCUGAUAACCAGCUCAGGUUUACCGGAUUAGAAAUCCACCUAGCUGGACCAAAGACUGUCAUGGGAAAGUGGGAAAAAAAGUACGGCUGACUAAUGUGUGGAGGGAAAAGAAAAUGUAAAAAGUGAAUGAUGUUAUUGGGUUACAUACAUUAUUCAGAAUGUAAUACGGUCAGUUCUAAUCUAAGGUACUAGAAGUAUUCUUUGUUCAAAAGGGGAAUACGUUGUGUCCAUAUACAUACAUAGUGAUGCAUUGUGUUCUGUUAAAGCUAUUUACGUUGGAGACCGCUAGGUGGCAGUACUAUGGUUAAUAUGUUCCAGGUACUGUGAGUUACGCAUAUGUAGAAGGAGUAGAAGAAGUAAAACGUGUUGAUGAAAAACAGUGCUAAGUAAAGUACA